UCUUUCGUUCAGUUUGGUUCCUAGCUGAUGGUGUGGGUGGAACAGCUGCUUUUUGUUUGUACAUAAACAGGGAUCCCCGCGAUCCUGGAUUUUAACGGAAUUCCUUUUGCACCAAGUUCCUUGGUCCCAGCCCACAAGUUCUGCGGGCCGAAGUUAUUCCGGAAAUGAAUCGCUUCGAGUUCUGCCAGGCAAGGUUGUCCGAGAAUGAAUCGUUCGUGGCCAAGGAACGGGCCAUAAAACUUUACGACGGAAAUGAAAAGACGUCGUUCGAGGAUGGUGAGGUGGUCUUGACGACGCACCGUUUGCUGUGGGGUCGUAACGGUGAAAUAGCUCGGGGUGGAAACGCGCUCUCCUUGCGAUUGAAGUAUGUGCAAUCCUUCGACGAGGAAGAGGCCAGCUCAAUGUUGUUCGGCCGUAAAAAGCGAAUAAUAUUGCGUCUAGGGCCGCUCCUUCCGGAUAAAGCUCCCGGACCGAUGGAUUACAGCGUUGCAUCGUUUGUUAAAAUAUCUGGGAAGAACGGCGUCGAGCCGGCAUUUGUACAGGCUUUGCACGAGACUGUUGGUGCGAGGGUUUGGGCCGUUACCGAGGGUGAAACAUCGGAGGGAGUAUCCAGCACUGCCACAAAGCGUGUAUUACGAACCGGUAUUACGGGCAUCGAGAGAAAUCUGGUCGAGAAACAGAAGCAAACUGAUGAGAACAUCAAUAUGGCGUUCAAGGACUUGGGAAAGCUGAUGGAAAUGGCCAAAGAUAUGGUGGCUAUUUCGAAGGUAGUUAGUACCAAAAUCCGUGAACGACACGGAGAAAUAUCAGAAGAUGAAACGGUGCGGUUCAAGUCAUAUCUGAUGAGUCUAGGUAUAGACGAUCCAGUGACGAGAGAUGGCACUAGAAGUAAUUCUGAGUAUUUCAUGAAACUUUCACAGCAAUUAUGUGAAAUGCUUUUGGAUCCAAUUUCGGAAUCCGGUGGCAUGAUGUCUAUGGCGGACGUUUAUUGUCGAGUCAAUCGAGCACGUGGUUUAGAGUUGCUGUCUCCUGAGGACCUCAUAGAAGCGUGCAAGCUUAUGUCCGGGCCUAUUAAACUGCGUCAAUUUCCCAGUGGUUCUAUCGUACUACAGCUAGACAAUCAUGACGAUGAACUGUUGUCGCAAGAAACAGCUGAACUAGUCGAAAAGCUGAAAUCGGUCAGCGCAGACGAGUUGGCCCGGGUGGUAGGAAUUUCUCUAUUGUUGGCAAACGAGCGACUUCUAACAGCCGAAGCGCUAGGAAAACUUUGUCGUGACGAAUCCAUCGAAGGCCUUCGCUUUUAUCCUAAUUUAUUCCUUCAAUAAAGCCAUGUAUUCAGG